AGCUAAUCUGUUGUGCAGUGCGUUUUAUCAGUCAGCGAAAGAAACGAAAACGAAAGUCGGUCCAAGUUCGGGCCAAAAAAAAAUCGAAACAGAAGAGACUCCAUUUCAUCAGAGACACGCGGAUCUCAUCUUGGUAUCUGGAUCCGGGACGGGGCGAGGAGUAGAGAAGUAGAGAAGUAGAGGCGUAGCCAGGUGAAUCGCAGUGAAUCGUAGUGCGGUGACCUUCGGCAAGCGACGGCAGCAAACAGCAAUCAAACGAGCCAUUUGAGAUAGCCAAACAAGCGCGCGGUCCAAAUAACUCUCACAAUACGCGUACUACCCAACAGAUAAAUAAAUAAAUAGAUAUAUAUAAGCCAAGGUUACUGCGUACCACCACCUAAGCAUGGAGAUCAGGCGCACCUCUCGACCAUAUCUUUGGUACACACCAGUACUGAUGCUGCUCGGCCUUUGGCUGGGCUCGGUUUUGGCCAAGGGCGCCAGCAAUCAGUCGGCCACCAACAGUCCACAAACCUGGCAGCGAUAUCACACCCAGGCACUCAAUGAGUCGCAAUCGCCGCCCGAUGAAUUGGAGAUUUUGGAUGCCCCCACCACCACAAUUGAGAUACAUUCGCCGCAUGAAACCCAUUUGACUCGCACCUCCGUCAUCUUCGGACUCACCAAAGUGGCCAACGAGAGCAGCGUCAGCCAAAAGUGCCACGCGCAGCUGCGGCAAAUGCAGCGCGGCAUACUCGGCAAACAGCCAUGGGCCAUGAAGGUUCUGGAUGCAUCUGGAACAAAGCCCUCCGGCUUCGUAUAUGGACAAAACUACUGGCUGGGAAGUCGGGAGGCUUGUCGCGGCGUCCAAAGACCCGUGGGCAUAACCCUGUCCAAGAACUUCGAUCGUGUGAUGCACUAUGGAAUUAUCACCCAGCAGGCGCCCUUCGACAUGGACUAUCGGGUUUUGUAUCUGCGUCACAAUUCCCCCUGGCAGGUGGAGAUUAAGCUGAUGUCUGAGCAGAUUAUACACAUUGGCCUGUGCCUGCCCAGUGCCUGCAGUUCGGCAGAGGUUCAGAGCCUAGCCCAGGACUAUGUGGCUGGUGGAAUGUUCACUGAAAACGAGAUUUUCGACAUUAAGCCGGAAGUGAUUUACAUGAAGGAUCUGCAGCUGAAGGACGAGUUCUUCGAGAGGGCCAGCUUCCGACUUUUGGUGGCCUGUGUUCUGGUCACUGGAACUCUGAUGCUUUGUGCCCAUCAACUGCAUGCCACCAAUAAACAAACAUCUUCCGCUGAGGAUCAACAGGAUCGCGAUUUGGCACCUGCGGAAUCGGAAAUGUGGCGUGGACUGAACUCCUUGCUGCAAAUGGAGAAACUGCAGAAAUAUGUCACUUGCUGGGAUGUUCCCGCCAACUGGGCUAAAAUUUUUGCGGUGCGGGAGAAUUCUCCGAAUGAAAUUCCCUUGAUGAAUGGUCUGCGAUCUGUGUGCGCUAUCUGGAUCAUGGUAUUCCACGUGGUGUGGUUCAUGUACUUCACGGUCCACAACAAGACGGUGCUGAUUUCGUAUGCAGAACAGGCCUUUUUCCAAUACGUCUCCUCGGCUCCUCUGCUCGUGGAUGUCUUCUUUACCAUCAGUGGCUUCCUGCAAACAUUUAACUUCCUACGGAACUCUGCGCAAUUGGAGGCAGUACGUCAAAAUAGCUUUAGCGAGAAUCUGAAGCUCUUUGGCAAACUGCUCUUCCAUCGUUACUUGCGUCUUGGACCUCUUUACUUGGUGGUCAUGGCCACCGUGGACUUGGUGUACGCCUACAUUGGAGAUGUCUCAGUUUACCACAUCAACGAGCGAUUCGAUGAGAUGUGCACUCGGCACUGGUGGCGUAAUCUGUUGUUCAUUCAAAACCUCUUCGACCAUCGGGACAUGUGCGCCAAUUGGAGUUGGUCCUUGGCCUGCGAAAUGCAGUUCUUUAUCCUGGCCAACGCUCUGCUGUUCCUCUAUGUGAAAUAUCCCAAGGUAGUGAAGUCCCUAGUGGUCUCUUCCUUUGUGGCCACCAUCGCUUGGUCCUACGCCAUCGGACUGAGCAUCAAGUUCCAAUUGUCCUUCGACGCGGCCUUUGCCACUGGCACAGAGAUCUAUACAUCGCCCUUCGUGAGGGUCCUUCCAUAUAUCCUGGGAGCUGCAACGGCUUGGCUGUUGCAAGAGAAUCGUGUCCAGUUGGUGAUCAGUGAGCAAAAGGAACGUGCCAGCUGGCACUUUGCCUUGUUCGUCUUCUUCGCCUGCAUUUAUUCGACUGUCAAAAGGGAUCUCGGCCCUCUGAUGGCCAUCACGCUUUUCGUGAUGGGUCGCCUGUUCUUUUCGCUCAGUGUAUGCUGGAUGAUAGCGCGUAGCUGUGGUGGCCGUGGGGUGUGGUGGUCACGCCUGCUGGAGGCCAAGGGCUUCCAACAUGUCAGUCGACUGUCCUACGCCAUUUACCUUCUCAACCCGCUGGUCAUAGCAUUAUUCUACAGUUUGACCAAUGCGAGCACGCAUGCGGAUCCCUUUAUGCUGUGUGUGGUCACCUGCGGCUUUGCGGUCAUAGUCUACCUGGCCUCCAUCCUCUUUUCGCUGGCCUUUGAGCUGCCCUUCAGCAAUCUCUCCAGUUUGCUAAAUCGACGGCAGAGCAAGCCGAAAACUGUCUAAAGAUGCUAGCCCUAAAUUAGAUCGUUAAGGUCACCGCUCACGCCUCCAUCUGACAAUUGUGAUUGCUUUCAUGUACAACUAAUCAUUAUUAUCGAAUCACUAGACUUAGUCUCGUCUUAGUCAAAGUUACUUAUACGUUUAUCCUGUACUUCGGUGGAAACCAUACUUAAUAAGAUAAUCACUAUCUGUUAAUUUACUUUGUUAUGCGUAUUACACAUUAUGCCCCAGC